GCUGCUGGCGGCGCUUAGACGUGAAGACGUGCAACCUGCGGCGACCGCACUUCAAACCUGCUCGGCCCUCGCCUUCCCUUCGGCCUUCCCAGCCACACCCCGACACCACCCAUGGCCGGCUCCGGCGCCAGCGACGAUGAGGUCAUCUUCGAGAUGGCGCAGUUCAUCCGCGUCUACAAGAGCGGCCGCGUGGAGCGCUUCUUCGGCUCCGACCCCGUCCCGGCCUCCACGGACGCGGCCACGGGCGUCGCCUCCAAGGACCACGCCGUCUCCUCAGACGUCGCCGUCCGCCUCUACCUCCCUCCGCCCGCUAAGGAGACCGAAGACAACGGCGGAAGCAGGAAGAAGCUUCCAAUCCUAGUGUACUUCCACGGCGGCGGCUUCUGCCUGCACACCGCGUUCAACUUCGUCUUCCACGCGUACCUCACCUCCCUCGCCGCGCGCGCCCGCGCCAUCGUCGUCUCCGUGGAGUACCGCCUCGCGCCCGAGCACCCGCUCCCCGCCGCGUACGACGACUCCUGGCGGGCGCUCGUCUGGGUCGCCUCCCACGCCCUCCCUGGAUCCGGUGAGGAACCCUGGCUCACCGACCACGGCGACUUCUCCCGCUUGUGCGUCGGCGGCGACAGCGCGGGCGCCAACAUCGCGCACCACAUGGCGAUGCGCGCCGGCGCCGAGCCCCUCCCGCACGGCGCCCGCAUCAGCGGCGUCGCGAUCGUGCACGCCUACUUCCUCGGAGCCGAUCGGGUGGCCUCCGAGGAGACGGACCCCGCUCUGGUCGAGAACGUGGUGACCAUGUGGCGCGUGGUGUGCCCGGGCACCUCGGGCCUGGACGACCCCUGGAUCAACCCGCUCGCGGCCGGCGCGCCUACGCUGGAGGGGCUCGCGUGCGCGCGCGUCCUCGUGUGCCUCGCGGAGAAGGACGUGUGCCGCGACCGGGGGCGCGCGUACGCCGAGGAACUGAGGGCCAGCGGAUGGACCGGGGAGGUGGAGGUGCUCGAGGUGAGCGGGCAGGGCCACUGCUUCCACCUUGUCGACUUGGCGUGCGCCGACGCUAUCGCGCAGGACGACGCCAUUGCCAGAUUUGUUAACCUGUAGGAUCCUUGCGAUCUCGUGGCCGUCGUGCCGCCGUACGUUGCAUUUGCGCACAAUUGGCUGAUGUGUCUGAAAACUGAAAACCUGCCGGCGAAUUCAUAUUGUCGUUGUUUGCUUUUACGUUUUUGCAGUCCGAAACUUAUUAUUGUUGCUGAUACAUUCGGUGGAGGAUUUUCGAUCACCAUCUGAUGAGUCCAAACUUGAUUAAAAUCU